AUGACAAGGCCUCCGGCGCAGCAACCCCGCGCCCCCGGUGCCGACAAUCGUGAUGCCGCGAAAAGUAAGAAGGCAUCCGUGAGAGGCGCAAGAAGGCGGGAAUCACGGGAAGCUGACAAGCACUCGUCUGCUGAUGAAGCAACAACGAAUGUCGACGCAGCCACUGCCCACACUCUGUACGACCUGCUAGGCGUGUCACGAAAUGCUACGCAAAAGGAAAUAACUUCAGCCUACAGACGCAGGGCCCUCAUAUGCCAUCCCGAUAAAGUGCGACACCGGCAGAAAAACAGCUGCCAUAAUGACGGCCAAAAAGACGAAGAGAGCACACCGGGCAAAGUCUCAGUGGAGGAGGCCACCAAGCACUUCCAGCAAUUGCAAGCAGCUUACGCCGUUCUAAGCGAUCCUAAGAAGAGAGAGCGGUACGACAGAACAGGUGAAACGGAGGAAGAGGGUUUAACUGGCCAGUCCUACGAGGAGGCAUAUGCUUUCUACAAAGAAAAGUUCCCGGAGGUAACUGAAGAGGCUAUUGAUCAAUUCCGAACUCGCUACAUUGGCAGCGAGGAGGAGAAGGAAGACAUAAUCGACUUUGUCAAAAAAUUUGACGGAGAUUUGUCCAACUUUUUUGAAUAUAUUCCGCUUAGCGACCCAUCGGAGGCCGAACGGUAUAAGGGGAUCUUGUCAAGUCUCACGAAAGAUAAGAGAAUAAAACAGACUGCCGCCUAUAAGAAAUCGAUCCGAGAAUUCGAUUCCAUAGCCAACAAGUACAAGAAGAAGUACGAGAAGGAGAAAAAGUCUGCUGGGGUAAAAGGGAAGACCAAGAAGGCAGAUACGUCUUCUCUCGCUUUGACCAUACUUGAAAAUAUGCGCAAGCGCGAAGCUGCAUCAAAUCGCUUUCUAGAGGAACUGGGGCAGAAAUACGCGAAGAAGAGGAAGAACGCGUGA